AUGUCUUCUUCUGGUCUCGAUGCAGAGGAGCAGCAGUUCCAGGACGAGGUUGCCGCCAUCAAGCAAUGGUGGAGUGAGCCCCGCUGGAGAUACACCAAGCGUCCUUUUACCGCUGAGCAAAUUGCAAACAAGCGUGGAAACUUGACAAUUCAACACCCUGGAAACGUCCUAUCGAAAAAGUUAUGGAACAUCGUCGAGAAGAGAUUUGCCGAAAAAGAUGCUAGUUUCACUUACGGCUGUCUUGACCCCGUCAUGGUCACACAGAUGGCCAAGUAUCUCGACACCGUCUACGUCUCGGGCUGGCAAAGUUCCUCGACCGCCUCCUCAACCGACGAGCCCGGACCAGAUCUUGCAGACUACCCAUACACCACUGUCCCUGACAAGGUCCAACACCUCUUCAUGGCUCAGCUGUUCCAUGACCGCAAACAACGCCACGAAAGACUCUCUACGCCCGCUUCGCAACGCAAGAGCCUCGCCAACACCGACUUCCUACGCCCGAUCGUCGCCGAUGCCGACACUGGUCAUGGUGGUCUCACAGCAAUCAUGAAGCUUACAAAACUUUUUGUCGAAAAAGGUGCCGCCGGUAUCCACAUUGAAGAUCAAGCUCCUGGUACAAAGAAGUGCGGUCACAUGGCCGGCAAAGUCCUCGUGCCCAUCAGCGAACACAUCAACCGCCUUGUGGCCAUUCGUGCCCAAGCAGACAUCAUGGGCAGUGAUUUGCUCGCCGUCGCCCGUACAGACUCCGAAGCCGCUACCCUGAUCACCUCGACCAUCGACCCCCGCGACCACGCCUUCAUCAUUGGAGCCACCAACCCUGCCCUCCAACCCCUCAGCGAACUCAUGGGCGCCGCCGAAGCAGCCGGCAAAUUCGGCGACGAGCUUCAAGCCAUCGAAGACAAGUGGACCGAACAAGCCAACCUCAAACUCUUCUCCGAGGCCGUGGUCGACACCAUCAACGCCGGCGUCCACGUCAACAAAGCCGAAUUGAUUGCCCAAUUCGCCGAACAGGCCAAGGGCAAGAGCAACGCAGAGUCCCGCGCCAUCGCCAAAGCCCUUACCGGCGUCGACGUCCACUUCGACUGGGAAGCCGCCCGCACACGUGAAGGCUACUACCGCUACCGCGGCGGCUGUCAGUGCGCCGUCAACCGCGCCAUCGCCUACGCACCCUACUGUGACAUGAUCUGGAUGGAAUCCAAGCUUCCCGACUUUGCCCAAGCUCAAGAGUUUGCUGCAGGUGUCCAUGCCGUUUGGCCUGAGCAGAAACUUGCUUACAACCUCAGUCCGUCAUUCAAUUGGCAGACUGCAAUGAGCACUUCUGACCAAGAAACUUAUAUCAAGAGGCUUGCUCAAUUGGGAUACUGUUGGCAGUUUAUCACGUUGGCUGGCUUGCAUCAGACUGCGUUGAUUUCUGAUUCGUUCAGUAAAGAUUAUGCUGCUCGUGGUAUGAGGGCUUAUGGUGAGACUAUUCAGAGCAAGGAGCAAGAGAAUGGUGUCGAAGUCCUCAAGCACCAGAAAUGGUCAGGAGCAAACUAUGUCGAUGAACUCCUGAAGAUGGUCUCUGGUGGUGUGUCCAGUACCGCCGCUAUGGGUAAGGGUGUUACGGAAGAUCAGUUCAAGGCUGUCGAUCGCCCUGGUGAGAGUGGGUACAAGGCUGAGGAGAAUCAUUGA